ACUCGACAACACUUUUGACGAAACCACUCUGGUAUUUAUCAAAACCUCUCCUUUUACCUGGGGAGAUCCUUCCACUUCCCAAUAAUAACGAUAUAGUUUUUUUUUUUCUCAUUUGCCAAACAAAGAAAUACUAAACAUAAAUAUCCAAAAAUAUAUACACAUACACACAAGAAAGAAGAAGAACAAAUUAAUAUGGGUAGAGGAAGAGUACAAUUGAAGAGAAUUGAGAACAAAAUCAAUCGUCAAGUAACUUUUUCAAAGAGGCGAUCUGGUUUGCUGAAAAAAGCUCAUGAGAUCUCUGUGCUUUGCGAUGCUGAAGUUGGACUCAUUGUUUUUUCAACUAAAGGAAAACUCUUUGAGUAUUCCACCGACUCUUGCAUGGAAAGGAUUCUUGAAAGGUAUGAAAGGUACUCAUAUGCUGAAAGGCAGCUUAAUGCUGCUACUGAUAUUGAAACCCCGGGGAGCUGGACUUUGGAACAUGCUAAGCUUAAGGCCAGACUUGAGGUUUUGCAAAGAAACCAAAAGCAUUAUGCAGGAGAAGAGUUGAACACAUUGAGUAUGAAAGAGUUUCAGAAUCUGGAACACCAGCUCGAUUCUGCUCUUAAGCACAUUCGAUCAAGAAAGAACCAAUUGAUGCAUGAAUCCAUUUCUGCGCUGCAAAAGAAGGACAAGGCAUUGCAAGAACAAAAUAACAAUCUUUCAAAGCAGGUGAAGGAAAGGGAGAAAGAGAUGUCCCAACAGACUCCGUGGGAGCAACAGAGUCAUGAUCAUCUCAAUUCAUCUUCGUUUGUUUUGCCACACCCCUUUAACAACCUUCACAUGGGGGAAGCAUACCCAACUGCAGGAGACAAUGGAGAAGUUGAAGGAUCAUCGCGGCAGCAACAACAAAACACUUCUUCUGUGAUGCCUCCAUGGAUGCUUCGCCAUCUCAACGGUUGAAUUAAAACUUAUUAAGUAUAAACCAAGCGGACAAUAUUAUGCUAUGUUAUGUUAUCUAUUAAUCAGAUAUAGUAUAUAUAUGUAUGUUACAUAUUAGACAAACACAACUUUCAUAUCUAGUUAAUUGUGUAUUGUGUAUAUAUGGCUGUUGUGUAACAAUAUCCAGAAUAUAUUGUAGUAGUACUAUAUA